AUGAUUCUAAAAGGAUGUUCUGCGCCAUAUUCUGGUGCAAUUCCUAAGUCUUAUAACUACAAGUCUUCAGCUUUUGGCAUUCGUCAGUACUCAUGCAAUACAAGUUCAUGGAAACCUCUUCAGAAUAUAAAAGUCUGUUCAUUAUUAGAAACCAAGCGUUACCGUCUUUCUACUACAUCAACGUCUCCCUUUAAUCAGGAAAAAGGUCUCUCAUCACAUGCCAUACCCAAAUUAUCCAAGCAUCCGAGGUUUCUUCUCUCUCCACGAGCAACUAGGGAUGAUAUUCCUUAUAGCUUCCGAUACCCUCAAACGACCAAGAAACCAAGAUGGUGGUGGAGAAUUUUAUCAUGCCUCCCAUACCUAAUGCCUCUACACUUUACAGUGAUACAUGCAGAAACAGCAUACAAUCUGCACCCUUUCUUAGAGUAUUUCGAACUUUUGACCGUCCCAUUUUGGCAAAGUUUCUUUCGGUUGCCAACAUGGUUUACGAUGGCUUACUUCCUUAUAGCUUUUACUGCUAUAGUGAGAAGAAAGGAAUGGCCUCAUUUCUUUAGAUUCCAUGUGGUUAUGGGCAUGUUACUGGAGAUUGCUAUGCAGGUCAUUGGAACUGUAAAUAGUUGGAUGCCACUAGCUUUAUAUUGGGGGAAGAUUGGAAUGCAUUUUUGGGUUGCUACUGCAUUUGCCUAUUUAUUCACUGUUUUGGAGUGCAUAAGGUGUGCCCUGGCUGGGAUGUAUGCUGAUGUCCCAUUUUUGUGCGACGCUGCAUAUAUUCAGAUUCCGUACAAUUAG